CACAGACAAUGCCUAAUUAUGGAAUUGAUGGCAGGAGAGAGCUGCAAGCAGCUAAUUUAGACACCGAUUCUUUCCCUCUCCUGCAGCUGCUUUUGCAUUGCUGGGAGGGAAUUUAGCUCAUCGCCCAGCUUGAAUCCAUAUUUCUAACUUCCUCUUCUCAUAAUUCUGAGGUAUACAACACAACAUCACGCAGGACCAAUGUGGAGAUUUGCAACUCUUGCAACCAUUCUCCUUUUAUCCCUUCCUGGCCAUGCUGACUCUACCAGGUUAUCCGACUUGAGGGAUUCAAUCGGGCGAAGACAAUUGUCAAGGCCUACCGAAUUCCUUGCUGCCCACAACAAGAUCAGGGCAAUGCACAACUUAACGUCCUUGUCCUGGAACAGAAUGCUAGCUAGAUAUGCUCGCCGGUGGGCCAACACGCGCCUUGAUGACUGCAAGAAUCUGGAACACUCUCCCAAUAGCCCUUUUGGGGAGAACUUGUUUUGGGGUCUAAGAGAUCACUGGAAUGCUUCCAAGGUAGUCAAAUAUUGGGGUGAUGAAGUGCGGAAUUACGAUCCACUAACAAAUGAGUGCGUCAACAACAGUGUCUGUGGGCAUUAUACACAGAUUGUAUGGAAUACCACUCAGGGUGUAGGCUGCGCCCAUGCUUUAUGCAAUAAUAAUGAAGGUCACCUAUUUGUUUGCUCCUAUGAUCCUCCGGGGAACAUUUACUAUCAGGGCCCAUUUGGUGGUCGUUUCGGAAAAUGUAUUGUGUAUCCUCCGCCGUCCAAUCGAUCAAGCUCAACACUUUCAGGAAGCCCGCAUGCCCCCACGGGGAUCACCACGAUUACGACUAAUCACAGGGAUUUCAUCUCAGGCACCACUGGGCAUCCAGCUUAUUUGACCCCUCCUAAAUUUAACCUUAACAAUGUAUGACACUGCCAUGGCAAUAUUGAGAAUAUGCAUUCUAACCAUCUACACAGGCACACUGCCUGGUUACCUUGCGAGUUAUAUGUAUUCCUCCAUAUAAGAGUAUAAGAUAUAAAGCAUGUAAUAAACAUAUAGCCCAUCCACAGCUUUUCUCCGUUGUGUUUUCCUUCUUUCUUUUUUGUGUUCUGACUUCUGAUCUGCUGGCAAUGAGAAUUAUAAAUCGCGUCCUUUGAGUCUUUGACGGCCAAUUUUGCUUGAUUUGGAUACAAAAUGAGAUUUUAUCAGGAUUAUAGUACAGGUUCUGCCAAUCACCCUGGACUCGGAAAAACACCAAUGAAAAUCUCUUUGAUUCUCAAUAGGGAUGCUUGAAAAGCGCGAACGGUUCAGUAUUAUGGUGAAUCCGAGACUAGGCAGGCUGAACCGGUCCAUGUUAAUUCUCUAAUCACACAUGGGUGGUUGCCUACUUGCACAAGUUGCUCUUUAUCACUUUGCUCUAAGUAGAUUUAGCCAAGUCCCCCUCCCCUUAUGCAGGUACAUCUUAUAGGUGAUUGUGUUGGCUUUUAGGGUGGGAAAAGAUGAGGAAAGGAUGGAGAAAACUAGCAUCACCAUUAACCAGCCAACCUCAUGCUUGCUUCAUAACACCUCAGUCAUGACACGGCCAAACGAUUAAAAAUAAAUACAAAUCUAUAGAUAUAAUCCUAGCAAACAAU